AGAAGCAGUGCGUAUGAAAUAAGUGUCGUGUGCAUACACAAGCCACGCCCACUUGGUUGCUGCAACGCAGUUGUUUUGUGAAUUAAUUUGAAUUUGAACAAGAUAAUUUUUAAGGACAACAGCUGGCAAGGAUGGAUAUAUCUGGCAUGAGUCCAACUCGUAGUUUCAACAACCCUGACUCUGCAAGAGGGGAGGACUACCACCCGCAAGAUGGGCCUAUUAAGAUCCAGAAUCCUCACAUAGCGACCAUGGAAGAAGACUAUCUCUACCAUAUUGCUCUUGGUGACAAGACACAUGACCUUCAUGAGAUGUUCAAUGAUGUCAAGUUUGUAUGCUUUGGAGGCUCACCGACCAGAAUGCUGAAGUUUGCAGAAUUUAUGAAGGAGCAGCUUCGUAUCAAAAUACCUGCCGGGAUGACACUAUACAACAUCGCCAAUGGGUCUGACAGAUAUGUCAUCUACAAGACAGGGCCAGUGUUGUCUGUUAGUCAUGGUAUAGGCAUCCCGUCGCUCUCCAUCAUCAUGCAUGAGAUACUGAAGCUGCUGCAGCAUGCUGAGUGUUCCGGGGUGACGCUGUUCCGCAUCGGCACCAGCGGAGGGCUCGGUCUGGAAGCAGGGUCCGUUGUGAUCACUAGUGAGGCUGUCGAUGGCAACCUCAGGCAAUACAUGGAGGUGGCAAUCAUGGGCAUGGUGGUUAAGCUUCCUUCCUUCCUGGACAAGGAACUGUGUCAGGAGCUGCUGGCCAUGGCGUCGGAGGACGACCAUUUCCAGACCAUCAUCGGAAAGACCAUGUGCACGCAUGACUUCUAUGAAGGUCAAGCUCGUCUGGACGGAGCGUUCUGUGACUACACCCAGGCAGACAAGAUGGCGUUCCUCAGACGUAUCCAUGACAAGGGUAUCCGCAAUAUUGAGAUGGAGUCGCUCUGCUUUGCUGCCUACUGCCACAGGGCAAACAUAAGAGGUGCUGUGAUUUGUGUGACACUGCUGGACAGCCUGAACGGAGACCAGAUCACCACGCCCCACAACGUCAUGGAGGAAUGGAACAACCGGCCCCAGCAGGUUGUAGCCAGACUCAUCAAGAAGAAACUUGGCAUCAGUGAUGAGUGACACUCUAUAAGACCAAGUUACUAUUUAGUGUUGGAUAAUUCUCCUCUACAGGGAGAGGAGGUGCUUUUCAGAUCAGGGCCUCGAUCCACAAAGCGAUCAUAGCACUAGCACUCCCCUGCUUACAACAGUAGUAGCACUAAUCUCGCUUUGUGGAAGAACAUAAUUUCCAAUCUUGCCUCAAAGUGGUUGAAGCAUGGGAUAAAUAAACUUUUUGGUGAAGUUCAGGGAGACCGAUGAACACAAUUCUUUAACAAUCCAUUACUUGGAGAGAUAUAAACAUUUUUAAUGAAACUAUAAUAAUAAUAAUAAUUCAGCUCCCAUCAUCUCCCUUUUGAAAAUGUCUGAAAAUAACAGUUAUUUUGGUGUGUCUCAUUACAUGCCACAUUUCCGGUGCAUUAUUACUUGUAUUUGCCUAUGUGUAAGGAGUGCUUUAUACUAUAUGUAGUAUUAUAUAUGUGUAGUUGUGAUUCGUCACAAUCCACGAUUGUUGGCCGGAAAAACGAUAAUAUUUUUCGGAGUAUUUUUAGAAAAUCUUUGAUUAUAUUUUUACAUGGAAGAUGAUUUUUUCCGAGGACUACUGAUUUUAAAAAUGUGAUUUUCACAUCCCUGAUACAUGUGCAAUGACCACAUACUGUUGGCUUUUCCUAUUCCUAUUCAAUUUGCUUAGUCUCAAACACAUCGUGUUUGCUUCCCGCCAAAACUCUACAGCAAAUGAAUUUUUUGGGUAUGAAACCAGGCUAUAAUUUAGGAGUAUGCAUUUAUCAUCAGCUGAAUUGGUCUAUUUUGCUAUUUUCAAAUAUUUUGAUUUCUCGUGUUUCACACUUUGCAUCGAGUCUCCAAUGAUGGCAGCUGGCAAUUUAAUCAACUAAAAUAUUGACAUUCAAAUUUACUGUUCGCCAGCAGUGUCUUUCCAUGCAUACUGUUAUUCUGUCACUAUCUGCAACAGCUGUCCAUAUUUUGUAUUUUGUCAAUUCACAAAUUCUUGUCAACAGAUAUUGGUGUCAGACAUUUCAUUAUGUUGCAUAUAAUCAGACUCUGUACUAGUAUUUUUUGCUGUUAUUGUUUUUCGGAUUUGCAAACCGGUACUAUUUAGUGUUGGAUAAUUCUCCUCUACAGGGAGAGGAGGUGCUUUUCAGAUCAGGGCCUCGAUCCACAAAGCGAUCAUAGCACUAGCACUCCCCUGCUUACAACAGUAGUAGCACUAAUCUCGCUUUGUGGAAGAACAUAAUUUCCAAUCUUGCCUCAAAGUGGUUGAAGCAUGGGAUAAAUAAACUUUUUGGUGAAGUUCAGGGAGACCGAUGAACACAAUUCUUUAACAAUCCAUUACUUGGAGAGAUAUAAACAUUUUUAAUGAAACUAUAAUAAUAAUAAUAAUUCAGCUCCCAUCAUCUCCCUUUUGAAAAUGUCUGAAAAUAACGGUUAUUUUUGUGUGUCUCAUUACAUGCCACAUUUCCGGUGCAUUAUUACUUGUAUUUGCCUGUGUGUAAGGAAUGCUUUAUACUAUAUGUAGUAUUAUAUAUGUGUAGUUGUGAUUCGUCACAAUCCACGAUUGUUGGCCGGAAACACGAUAAUAUUUUUCGGAGUAUUUUUAGAAAAUCUUUGAUUAUAUUUUUACAUGGAAGAUGAUUUUUUCCGAGGACUACUGAUUUUAAAAAUGUGAUUUUCACAUCCCUGAUACAUGUGCAAUGACCACAUACUGUUGGCUUUUCCUAUUCCUAUUCAAUUUGCUUAGUCUCAAACACAUCGUGUUUGCUUCCCGCCAAAACUCUAUCUGAAAGUGUAACAGGUUUGUUUCAGGUUCAGUAUUGUAAUUACAAGGGUAUUAUUCACUCCAGGCUUUGCUAAAAACCACUCUAUAAUUUGCAUCAUAACCUUCUGAAACUAGCUCUCUGCUGCUGUAUUACAGUCUGUACAAAAGCUAGGGAUGUUUAUCUUCAUUUAUCCAGUAUAUUAUAUCGCCUAUUAUGAUAAAUACCCUGGACCCAUACACUUCCAUGGCUUUGAUUUGAGCUUGAUUUGAAUGGUGUGCCUCUAAAAAAAAACCAUCAAAUAAAAUAUCUCUCUUAA